GAGAGAGCAGUCCUAUAACACCCCGAGCCUGUCCUUUCCUCUCUUCUUCCAAGGCUGUUUCUCACCCAAUUUCUAACACACCCGUCACCCCGACCUUUCACUUUCGUCGAUCCCCCUAUUAUUGGAUUUCGAAAGUAUUUGUUGUACUGUUCCAACCAAAUUCUAUUACCCUUCGAAUAUCAACUAUUGGCCGCUUGCCAUUCUUCUUUUGGAGUGCCAUCACUUAUUCAAUUGGAUACCCUUUUUGGUUGCUCCUUGCUCGACAACAUGGACUCUGGAGCUCGUCAAGUCAUCGAGCUUAUUCGGACUUGUCGUGUCGCAUAUGAGCAGACGCUCCAGCACCUGUCUCCCGACGAGCUCGAACAGGUCUCACGUUACUGGAACUCCAUGAAUGCUGAGAUGAGGAAUUCCCCUUCGACCUCGACACAUGAAUAUGGUACUUCGGUUCCCUCAAAACGACCUGCAUCCUAUGCGAUGGUUGGUGAUAUGGAACCAGCGCCCAAACGUAGUGUCCAUGUAUGUACCCUUAUUGACUAACCACUCUUCUUUGGUUGACGGGCGAGAAAGAAGGCAGCACCUUUGGCUUCCUCAGCACCAGCGGCCCAUUUACUCGAGCGACAUGUCUCAGCGCCAGUCGUUGGUCAGUCUGCCUCCAGGACCCAACAAUCCAGACCUUCGGUUCGAACUUCACCCCUUCCCCAGACGGCGACCUCGACAACAACGACCAAGCCAAUGCCCAUUCCCCGGCGCAACAACUGGCAACGAAGAGGUUCCACGGCCGCCUCGUACCCCAACCGAUACUUGGGCUCCAGUCUUCACUUCAUUGAAGAGGUUCAGGAUAUGUCUCCCGCGGACUUUCUCGCCAAGUCGCCGGAUGACUAUCAUCCCACCCCGACCAUCUCGUUGACGCCUCCCACAGUUGUGGAGCGUGGUGAGUUCCACAUCAACCAGAUGUCUCAGCUCACGUCCCCGUAUUCUUCAGCGAUAGAGUCGCCAGGAGGAGUCUUUACUCCGAUGACGGCCACUAGUGAUUCGAGCAUGACCGCUCCCUCGACAGUCUUGUCGGAGCCCAUGUCUCGAAGCAACACAAAUGAUGUUCUCUGCGAGGGCUUUGGGAUGUUUCGCAUGGACUCCAUGUCGAUGCCGAAAGAUCACAAAGCCUCGAGCAGCAUGAUGGAUGAGCCUCGGUAUCCCCAGGAUACGGAGCCAGCUCAACGAUUUCCUUUUACUUCUGCUUCUGUGGUUGGAACCGGUUUCGGUUGCAACGAGUUUUCGCGUUUGUCCUUUCACGAUGAUGACCUUCAGUCAUCCUCGUCUCCUUCUAGUUUCGAGAUGAAGAAGUCGUCUUCCUCUGGAAGUGACGCUUCAUCUGCUUCUCUUUUGUCUCAGUCUCAUAUGUCACCACGAGGGAUUUCGCAGGAGGUCAUUCCUCGUAGCAGUAACACAGUCUCACGACCUCUGGCUCCCAAGAUGGAGCGUGCGCACGAGGCAUCCUUGCAACCAGUCGAGAUGCCGGCACCCAGACUCAUCGCCGUCCAGAGCGCGGACGGUACCGUAAAGCACAAGGCCGAGAUCACACGCACGGUCCGACAACAGCCUCCUCGUAAGACGACCUUCUGUCAAUUCUGUAACGACCAGCCUCAGGGCUUCCACGGCGACCACGAGCUCCGUCGACACAUCGAGCGCCACCAUUCCCAAGUGCGACGGGUUUGGAUCUGCAAAGACGCCUCGGUAGACGGCAAGUUCUUGUCGAACUGCAAGGCCUGCCGCAGCCGCAAGACCUACGGCGCCAACUACAACGCCGCCGCCCACCUGCGUCGCGCCCACUUCAACCCGUGCAAGAACCGACGUGGCGGCCGGGGCAAGAAGAGUGAGGGCCGCGGCGGCAUGGGUGGCGGCAACACACCACCCAUGGAGUUCCUCAAGCACUGGAUGUACGAAGAGCUUGAACUCAACAUCAACGGCCGCGUGGUUGUCCAAGACAUCAAUGUCCCCGACACGACUUUCCAGCCUGCCGUGGUCAACGAACAUAUGAAGUCCGCUUCGAAUGCCAACAGCAACGGCGCCAACAGCGACAUGGGCAACGCCAGCUUCGAUCUUACUGACGACGACAUGAUGCCCAAUUCGGGCAUGCCCAUGUUGGAUCUUACGCAAGAGCCGCUGUUCUACGACAACAUCCUCGCCGCCGACAACUUUGUCAAUGUCGACGGCCCCAUGUCGAUGACCCAGAAUGCCAUGUACAACGCCAGCGGCUUUGACUUUCCCGGCGAGGGCUCGAACUUUGGCUAUCGGCAGUACUAAACGACGCGACGACUUGGGCGACGACCACCGACACGAAGCUGACGAAACAACAAAUAUGAAGACGUGGUAGUCGCCUCCUCUCUUUUCAUCCUCUUGUACAUAGAUGUUUGAUCAUUCCUCGGUGCUCUCAGUCUGCACUUACUCUUUUCUUUCUGGACUGUACACGAUUUUGAAGUAUUGGGAGGGAUGUGUUGGGCAGGGAUAUAGACAAGGGAUGUCUCGCUUGGAACUCUUGUAUGGAUGGUUCGUACUUGUUUUAUUGUCGUUGUUGGUGACUUAGUGGAUGGAACGCUUCUAGUCAUGAAGUCCAGGUUGGGAUGUUUCGGGCUCAUUGUGUUAUACGAGUCUUGUCACCGGGAGGAUCAGGUAUUGAAUCACAAAAGUUAGUGUUUUUUCCCUCUG